AUUAUUGUUCAUGGACUGUACAUCGAAAACAAUUUUUAUUGCGCCUUGCAUAUUCAACAACCUUCAAUAGCUAUCAAGGUCUUACAUUAGAUCGAAUAGUUAUAGAUCUUAGAAUAUACGUAUUUGCUCAUGGACAGCUAUAUAUAGCUAUAUC